AUGUCGAACGCGCAAUCGUCGACGGACGACGCGGUGCAGCCGUCUACAGACACCAGCGAAGUCGUCAACUCGACAACACAAAUGAAGACACCACCAUCACUCGCCUCCCGCCUCCGCGGCGCCCUCUACGCCCACGCAACCCUCGACGCCCUCGGCGCCCCCCUAGAGUUCCAAUGGCGCGGCUCGUUCCCGCUUCUCACCACUAUGCAGCCCAAUUCCAAUUUCAACCUCCCCGCUGGCUGCUUCACGGACGAUACGUCCAUGGCGCUGUGUCUAGCACACUCUCUCCUGUCGACCGACGCGUAUUAUGUAGAGGACCAGGCAAGGCGGUAUAUACGGUGGUGGCGCGAGGGGUACUGUUCUAGUGUGGGGAGGUGUUUUGAUAUUGGGAUGGGCACAGCUGGGACACUUAGAGCUUGGGAGGGAGCGCUGGAAGAGGGAAGGAGUAGCGAGGAGGUGCUAGAGGUGAUCGGGAAGAGGUGGGGUGGGGAAAGAUUUUGUGGGAAUGGGAGCUUGAUGCGGGUUUUGCCUGUGGCGUUGUUAGGGUUUGAGGGGGAGGCUGUGGAGAUGGAGAGGGUGGCGGAGGCGACUUCUAGGGUGACGCAUCCGCAUGUUAGAUGUUUGUUGUGUUGUAGGUUGUUUGUGAGGUUAGUGGGCAUGGCGCUGGAGGGAAAGAGGAAGGAAGAAAUGGCUGCCGCUGUGGGCGACUUCGUUUGGGAGGUCAAGAACAGUGACGAUGCUUUUGUGAAACGAUUUGUGGAAUACGGCGGCUUAGCAGAUUGGUCAAACAAGUCGGAAGAUGAGAUCAGCAGCUCCGGAUACGUGCUUGACAGUCUAGAAGCGGCGCUGUGGGCGUUCUUCACCACGGACACGCUUAGGGAGGGGGCUAUCAAGGUUGUGAAUUUAGGAGAUGAUGCAGACACUGUGGGCGCGAUCCAUGGAGGACUCGCGGGCGUGUUCUAUGGAGAGGAGGCUAUUCCUGCAGAGUGGUUGAGCGAGAUGAAAGGGUUUGAGAUGGUGAGGGAGGUCGCGGAUAAGAUUGUGGAGAGGGUAGGCACGUAG